AUGUCUUCAAUCACGGCGCCGAACAAAUAUACAGGGCAAUCAGCGGCUGCCAGAUUGCGCUGUCUGCUAGAUGAAGAGGGCAAGACAAUAUUCUGUCCGGGCGUCUAUGAUGGCAUAAGUGCUCGGCUCGCCCUGAACACAGGCUUCAACUGUCUAUACAUGACCGGGGCGGGGACUGCGGCGUCCAUGCUUGGAAUGCCAGACCUCGGCCUCGCCACCAUGAACGACAUGGUCCAGAAUGCUUCCAUGAUCGCAUCUCUGGAUCGUUCAGUCCCUGUUAUUGCCGACGCCGACACUGGGUAUGGUGGCCCGGGGUCAGUGGCGCGGACGGUCAAAGCCUAUAUCGCUGGCGGUGUGGCUGGAAUGCACCUCGAAGAUCAAGUGCAGACGAAGCGCUGUGGUCACUUGGCCAACAAAGAACUGGUCGACGAUGUCUACCUUAGUCGGGUCCGAGCGGCGGUUCUGGCACAGGAGGAAAUGCGACGGGUCACGGGAGGGUUUGCAGAUAUCGUCAUCAUUGCUCGCACCGACUCCCUGCAAUCUCUGGGAUACGAGGUGGCCGUCUCGAGGCUCCGGAAAGCUAUAGCGGCUGGAGCGGACGUCGGUUUUCUGGGAGGGAUGACGACCAUGGACCAAUGCAGCCGAGCAUGCAAGGAUCUCUCGCCCACGCCGGUCCUGUUGAACAUGGUCGCGGGAGGUAUCACGCCGGACCUCAGCGUGGAAGAAGCAAACCGUCUAGGCUACAAGAUUGUCAUCUUUCCCGCCGUCGCGCUAGGGCCGGUCUCGGAAGUCGUCGAGGCCGCCAUGAAGGACUUGAAGCAGAAUCAAAGAGCGCGUGUCAGUCAAGCGCAACGAGAAGGGGGAGUCAAGCAAUUCUUCAACCUCCUCGGCCAGCAGGAAUGCAUGGAGUUUGAUAAGAGGGCUGGAGGUGUCGCGUUUGCCGACGGAGCUUGA